UUAAUUUAAUUUUAUUUUUCCCAUUCAUAACCAGCAUCAACAUCAACAUUGUGUUCAUUUCCUUUUUUAGGUGUAAAAACUAGAGAGAGAAAAUGCUGGCAGAGAGAGAAAAUAGAGAGGUGGGUUUGAAUUGGCUAUGGAAUGGGAAUGAAUGAAAAAAAAAAAAAAAAAAAUUGAAUGAUCUCCAUCAUUCAAUUCCAUGUGCUACUCUUUCUUCUCUUCAAUCCCCAUAUAUCCCUCUCCUCCAUCCAUAAAAUUAUUUUUUUUGAAUUUUUUUGGGAAAUAAUUUCACAGUCUCUCUCUCUCUCUCUCUUCUGCUUCUCUCUCUUCCCCAACAGCCAAAUUUCCAUAAUCCAAUAUCUCUCUCUCUCUCUUUCUCUCCUUUCUAGGGUUUUGGAAUUUCAAAACCAGAGCUAAAGCUGCUCACCUUCUCAGAUUACACACAUACCCAUAUACACAACAAGGGAAUCCAAUCUUUCACCUUUUUCCUUUUUUUUUUUUUUUUUUUUAAUUUUUUUGAGAAGUGGGUAUGGAAGAGAGAUACCCGUAUAGAGCAAACACCUUCUGAUCCAAUUUCAUGCUCUUACCUCUCUUCCCAAGGCUUUUUUUCUCGUAUUUUUCAGAAAUAUAAAGAGAAAGGGAAAUGAGUUUUUAGAGACUGAAAUGGGGUGGUAGAAUGUAGAGGAAUUUUCACAGAGAGCGAUGUUGGCAAUGGAGAAGGAUUUUGAUGCUAGGUUGAAGAUUCAGGGGAAUUCUUCUAAUGGUGGCAACGUUCAGAGAUCCAAAAGCUUCGCUUUUCGAGCUCCCCAGGAACAAUUUACCAUUCAGGACUUUGAUUUGGGAAAGAUCUAUGGCGUUGGUUCCUAUUCAAAGGUUGUGAGGGCAAAGAAAAAGGACACAGGAACUGUUUAUGCAUUGAAGAUCAUGGAUAAAAAAUUUAUCACUAAAGAAAAUAAGACUGCAUAUGUGAAGUUGGAACGUAUUGUCCUUGAUCAGUUGGAUCAUCCAGGCAUUGUUCGGCUAUUUUUUACAUUCCAGGAUACCUUUUCACUAUACAUGGCACUUGAAUCCUGUGAGGGUGGAGAACUUUUCGACCAAAUAACCAGGAAAACUCGUUUACCUGAAGAUGAAGCUCGCUUCUAUGCUGCAGAAGUUGUAGAUGCACUUGAAUAUAUACAUGGUAUGGGAUUGAUACAUCGAGAUAUAAAGCCCGAGAACCUGCUACUUACUUCAGAUGGCCAUAUCAAAAUUGCUGAUUUUGGGAGUGUGAAGCCUAUGCAAGAUAGUCGAAUUACAGUUCUUCCGAAUGCAGCAUCAGAUGACAAAGCCUGCACAUUUGUUGGAACUGCCGCAUAUGUUCCUCCGGAAGUCUUGAAUUCUUCUCCUGCAACUUUUGGAAAUGACAUCUGGGCACUUGGCUGUACCUUGUAUCAAAUGCUUUCAGGAACUUCUCCUUUCAAAGAUGCAAGUGAAUGGCUUAUUUUCCAAAGAAUUAUAGCUCGGGAUAUCAGGUUUCCAGAUUAUUUUUCACCAGAAGCUAGAGACCUCAUUGACCGGUUGUUGGAUUUAGAUCCCAUCAGAAGACCAGGCGCUGGACCUGGUGGUUAUGCUGCACUCAAGAUGCAUCCGUUCUUUAAUGGAAUUGACUGGAAAAAUUUGAGAACGCAAAGUCCUCCGAAACUCGCUCUGGAGUCAGGGUCUCAAUCAGGUGAGCGAGAUGAUAGUCAUGAUUCUACAUGGAAUCCCUCGCACAUAGGAGACUGUGCAGUAAGACAGAGUGAGGGUAAUAAUGCUGCCACGUCGUCCUCUGAUGCAUCUGGUCACAUUACCAGGCUUGCUUCCAUUGAUUCCUUUGAUUCCAAAUGGCAGCAGUUCCUUGAGCCUGGUGAAUCAGUCCUUAUGAUAUCGAUGGUGAAGAAAAUUCAGAAAAUAACAAGCAAGAAGGUGCAGCUCAUACUCACCAACAAGCCUAAAUUAAUUUAUGUGGACCCUGCAAAGCUUAUAGUGAAGGGAAAUAUAAUAUGGUCUGACAAUCCUAAUGACCUCAACAUCCAAGUCACAAGCCCUUCGAAUUUCAAGAUUUGCACGCCAAAAAAGGUAUUAACAUUUGAGGAUGGAAAACAAAGAGCUUGGCAGUGGAAGAAAGCAAUAGAGGGGCUUCAGAACCGGUGAAAUCUGCUCAUUUUGUUUUGAUAACACAAUUCUUUGGAUAUUUAAUUAUAUUGUAGAGCAAAGUGGGGAUUCUUAAAAAACAAAAUCGAUGACCCCCAACAAUUAUUUAUUUAAUGAAAGAGGUUGGAGUUGCUGAUUCAGCUUUC